AUGCAGACCUCAAGCCACGACCAUACACCACUAAAAGUCUUGCCACGGGCGUCCUCCAAAGACCGUUGCCCGACCAACCAACAACAAUCCACAUCUCGUAACCACGGCUCCGACCACUCAAACACGCCCUCCCCAUUGACAUACGUGCAACCCAAUCAAUACCGUCUAACCCUUUGCUCAUUUCCCCCGAGCCAGCCAGACCCUUCCAGCCUCACCUCGGCCCUUGCAGCAAGCCCUCAAGACCACCUCCCUCCAGCAAGUUUACAGCCCAAUCAAGGCAAAAAUUUUUUUGUAAUGCUCAUUCGCCAUGGCCCCUGCGCCACCUACGCCCCCCGCGCCACCUGA